CCUUCCAUAAACCCUUUUGAAAACCCCACUCAAUAGCCAAUAGAAAACGCAACCAAUUCCCACUUUCUCUCUCACUUUCCCGAGAAACAAACACCCAGUCCCUUCCAAAAAAAUGUCCUCUCGCCUCUCCUCCAUCCUCCGCCUCCGCUCCCACUUCCUCCACCGCAUCCCCGCUACCACAACCACUACAACAGCCACCGCUCUCUUCCACAACUCCACCAAAUCAAAACCCAUAACCCUUACCUCCAUCUCGGAUCUCCAUUCUCUCUCCACUCUCCGCUUCUUCUCCGCCUCCCGCCGCCACAGCCCCACCCGCCCCAAACCAGUUGACAUCGGAGCUCGAGCCCGCCAACUCCAAAACCGUCGUCUCUGGACCUACGCCUUAACCUUCAGCUGCAUAGCAGGUUUCAUCGUUAUAGUGCUUAACAACUUUCAAGAUCAAUUAGUCUUUUACAUAACACCAAGUGAUGCGGUUGAGAAAUUCAAGAACAACCCAUCAAAGAACAAGUUCCGAUUAGGUGGUUUAGUCCUUGAAGGUAGCGUAGUUCAUCCGUUAUCAAGUCCUGAAAUGGAAUUCGUUGUCACUGAUUUGAUUACGGAUAUUUUAGUUAAGUAUGAAGGGUCCUUGCCUGAUUUGUUUCGAGAAGGACAUUCUGUUGUUGUUGAAGGGUUUAUGAAGGAACUGGAUGAUAAGGUGAGGAAGGAAGUUGGGUUGAAGAAUGUUUCUGGGAAGGCGAGGAGUGGAGAGUGUUAUUUUAAGGCGUUUGAGGUCUUAGCUAAGCAUGAUGAGAAGUAUAUGCCUCAAGAAGUUGCGGCCGCGAUUGAGAGGAAUAAGAAGUUGAUCGAGGCUGGUGAAGUUGGGGAAGGUGGAGCUGAGAAGAAGAAGUGAAAUCAUGGGUAUGAUUCAAAAUUUUUUAUUUUUUGAUCAAUUCUAUGAUUUAUACUUGUUUUUGGUAAUGUAGUGUAUUUGAUCGGAUGUUAUCUGAUAUUUGGUGAUAAGAAUAUAUAUGAAAUGGGAGGGAUUUAAUUGGGAGCUAUCGAUACAUUGCUCGGAUCUAUCUAUGCAUUGUUUUGAGGUGAGAGAUAGAUAGUUAUUGGAUUUUGAGGGAGAGGGAAUUUGAUCAAUUGAGGCUGCAACUUUUGUAAUUGCAUAUUGAUUUAUGAAUAAUCUUCACUUUAAUGCAAUAAUGAAUAAACUCCAUCAAUGAAUGAAUGGCUUGUGGAUC